GAGACAGGGCGGCCUAUCCGUUCCAGGCUUCCAGCUUCCUCACGGAGAACUCCUCGGAUAGGCGAUGGCGGCCGCGGUCACCGCGCCACCGUACGCGGCGGGGGCGCCGCGCCGCCGGCUUCUCGCCGCUCGUCCGCUGGGCCGCGGCGCCGCGCUCGCGCUCGCGCCGGCCGCACGCACGUCGUCGUCCUCUGUGACGGGACCUCGCCGCGGCAGCUGGGAGGACGUCGCCAGGCGCCGCAGCGGCCGGACCGAGGUGGCGAGCGUCGACGACGACGAGGCGUGCGAGCUGGUGAGCGGCGCGGACCUCGUCAUCGGUGGCGACGUCGACGAGGGCGACGGCGUCCGCGCCUACCUCCUCAAGGCCGUCAAGAACAACAACGGCACCGGCGUGCUCCUCCUCUCCGACGUCUUCGGCUUCGAGGACUCCGCCACCCGGGACUUCGCCUACCGCGUCGCGUGCCACGGCUACAAUGUUCUUGUGCCGGACUUGUUCCGGGGGAGCCCGUGGAAGAAGGCGGAGAAGGACGGCUUCGACGCGUGGCUCGCCGGGCACGCGCCGGAGCGGGUGUCGGGCGACAUCGACGCGUGCACGAACUGGCUGGUGGACGAGUUCACGGCGGCGGGGGUGUCGAGGAAGCUCGGGAUAAUCGGGUUCUGCUACGGGGGCGGCCGGCUGGUGGAGACGCUGGCGCGCGACGGCGGCGGCGGCGGCGGCGCCUACAGCGCGGGGGUCUGCUUCUACGGGUCCAGGAUGGACGCGUCGCUGGCGCCGCGGCUCGCCGCGCCCGUGCUGUUCGUGUGCGGCGACGGCGACCCGCUGUGCGGGGUGGAGACGGUGCGGGCGCUGGAGGCACGCGCGAGGGGCGCCAGGGCCGCCGUGUACGCCGGCAGGGGGCACGGGUUCGCGCACCGGCCGCAGUCGCUGGAGGACGACGGCGACGCCGAGGACGCGUUCGCGCUGAUGCGGGGGUGGCUGCACGACCACCUUCUCGCCUGAUCAUCCUUGUUCCGUUUCAAACUGUUCGCUCGUAGACAUUGGACAGGGUUCUAUUUAUACUAUUGACUAUGUUACUGCUUGUGUAAAUGUGUAAUGCACAUGGGCAUUGCAUUGCACUUGAGAAAUGAGUAGUUGAGUAUUGUAAGUUCAAUAGUUUCGUUUCAUGUUUUGGAGUCGGAGCUUUCAAUGUGUCACUCUGGCUGUGGCAUAUUUCUCUCCAAAAAUAACACGAAACCUUUUUAGUUGUCCAUGUGA